UCCGUACACAAAGCUCUGCUGAUGACGUGUACACUCCACUGCAGUUGGCUAACUAGCUGACAUAGCUACCUGUCAGAAUAAAGGUAUUGAAAGAAUAAAAGUUACAAGGAAAGGGGAAACCCGGUUCUGCGGCAGAUAAGGAGACAUGGAGACGCUUUAUCAUCAGACAAAUAAACAAAUCCAAGAGGUUCAGUCGCUUAUGGGCAACCUGGAGAAGACAGACCGCCAAUCAGUACACUUGUUAGAGAAUGAGCUGCAAGCUAGAAUCGACCAGAUUUUCAAUCAACUAGAACGUCUUGAGAUCCUGGCCAGCAAGGAACCACCAAACCGCCGCCAGAAUGCCAAAUUGCGGGUGGACCAGCUUAAAUAUGAUGUUCAGCACCUCCGAACCGCACUGCAAAAUUUCCAGCACAGACGCUAUGCCAGAGAGGCCCAGGAGAGAGAGAGGGAGGAACUUAUGAGUCGAACCUUCACAACUAAUGAUGCAGACACCUCUAUCCCCAUAGACGAGACCCUACAGUUAAACACCAAUUUGCACAAUGCACAUAGAGGCAUGGAUGACCUCCUGGGCAGUGGCAGCAGCAUCCUCAAUGGUCUCAGAGAUCAAAGAUCCACACUGAAGGGGACCCAUAAGAAGAUGUUGGAUGUGGCCAACAUGUUAGGGCUGUCAAACACAGUGAUGAGACUGAUAGAGAGGAGAGCCACUCAAGAUAAGUUCAUCAUGAUCGGUGGCAUGCUGUUGACAUGCGUCUUCAUUUUCCUGGUAAUCCGAUACCUCGGCUGACCACCAUCCACAAAUAAAGACGAUCUUUGAUCAGUGGUGGACAUUUCAUCUCAUCCCUUGUGAUAUGAAAACAGAAUUUAUAACAUCUGCUAAAAGUCGUUUUUAAAAAAACCAGUAGUGCCACAGUAUUUUGCUUACCACCGUACAUUUUUGGCACCUUCAAAAUUGUAAAUUCAAAGAAUGGCCGAAUUACAAACAGUAUUUUGUUCCACUCGGAGCUCUGAAAGACUAUUUCAUUUCUAAUCUUAGGUCUGCUGCUUUCCUCCAACCACUGUCAUACAUCUAGAGUUUUUGUAUCAAAACCUCUUUGAAACUGUAGAUUACUUAUGACUGUACACACAUGGCUUUCCCAAAUCCAACCUUAACUUUGUACUUUCUGCUUUUGCCUCCAGUGAAAUGUUUUAUUUUGUUCUUUAACCCGUCAGUAAUAUUGUUGUCACUCUGCCUCGCAAAGUAUGGUUCGUAGAAAAAUAGAAAUAAUACUUUGGAAACACUUGUUCCAGCAUCAUGUUGUCCAUUAUUUUAAUGUUCCUUGGAAAAUAUGUUUUAUGUUUUACAAUGCAUAUUCUAAGGAUGUAGAGUCAGAAAGCAGCAACAAGGACCUUUUCAGAAAAGACAAAACAAAAUUGGGAGCAGUGAUUGUGCAACUGUGAUGUACAGACAAGUGACAAAUGAAAGGAAAAAAAUAAUAUGAAAUGUCUUAGUACAAUGUUGGUCCAUCAUGUGCCUCCAGAAUGUCUCUGCACCUUGGUAUUGUUUCUGAAAGUCUGUAAACUCUACUGGAGGGUUCUUCCCUUAUUUGGUGUUUUGAUAAUGGUGAAAAACAGUGACAUCUAAGAUCUGGUGACUGACGGCCUCAGCAUGAUUCACAUCAUUUUCAUACUCAUCACACCAUUCAGUGAACCUUCCUGCCUCACCGUCAUCCUGGAAGAGACCGCUCCCGUCAGGUUUUUUCUUUAAUCUGUCACUUAUCUGUAAUUUCUUUUAUGCUUGAGUCUAGUCUCACUAUGUGAGUGUUUUAAUUCUCUUACAACAAUAAAUCACAUUUUAUUUCCUUGA